AUGAAGACCUGCAUGUUGCUGCUCAUCCUCCCUGUGUCGAUCGUGGCUCAGGAUGUUGUUUGCGGAGGUUUCCCUCCAGCCGCUCUCGGGGACUGCCUCCAGUUGAUCAACCAGAACGUUGGGAAACUAACACCAGCGCCUGUCGAAGGCUCUCAUGCGGUCAUAUCGGUCGGAACCUGUGCUAUUUCCACCCAGCCCUCGCCCGGUCAGAGCGUUACAAUGGACUACUUGGCAAAAGCAGGAAACGCUAUCUACGAGGUCUGUGAUGCUCCCGAUAUCUCUGGAUUCCAGGGCAACCCCAUCUAUAGCAGGACUUGUAUGUUGGAAAGCCAAGCCUUCGCUUUGUGCUGA